AUGGCCCUACUCAAUUUUAGGGUAGAUGCUGGUGAUGUUGUUCUCAGAGACCAUCUAUCCAAAGCAUCUCGUAAUGCUACAUACACAUCCUCUGUCAUCCAGAAUCAGCUUAUGGAUAUUCUAUCAAAACAAGUACGACAGCAUAUAAUUGAUAUAGUUAAGGUAGCUAAGUGGUUUUGUAUAAUAGCCGAUGAGGUCACUCAUGUCUCUAAUAAGGAGAUACUCAGCUUGGUAGUACGGUAUUGUGAGCCAGAUUCUCUUCCUUGUGAAGACCUUGUUGGCUUUUUUCAGUGCAAUGAAGGUAUUACUGGGCGACAGCUAGCCAAUAUGAUCCUCACCCAUCUGCAGUCAUUUGGUCUUGAUCUCUCCUAUUUACGGGGACAGGCAUAUGAUGGAGCAGGCAAUAUGUCUUGGUCUAUUAGAGAUGCUAAUACCUUAAGGCAUGCCAUUACCAGUACUGAUUUUAUUUCCAGCUUUGUCAUCACUAAGUCAUCUCUUCAGUAUCUACACUCCUUGACCGGAAGCUCCACAGACAUCAUACAUGCUGUGAAGGAAAUAGAGACCAUAACAUCAACAAUUCAGAACAUAAGAGAUAACAUUGACACCUACCAUGAUGAAUUGUUUCCUGAAAUCAAGCAGGUGUGUGACACUGCUGGCACAGUUCCAUCUACUCCACGUACCCGUGCCCGUCAAACUCAUCGUAGCAAUACACCUGCCAGUUCCCCUUCAGAGUACUACCUUCAUACAAUAUCAAUUCCCCUUAUUGACCAUUUGUUAUCCGAGCUAAAAUCUAGGUUUUCUAGUCAUCAAUCUGUUGCUUUACUUGGUCUCUGUAUCGUACCUUCAGCAAUGCUAGUUUUGCCAGUUCCUGAAUUUUUGACGCAUUCAUUUCAGUUGGCUGACAAGUAUAAGGAUGAUCUUCUAUCUCCAAAUUCCUUUGCCAGUGAACGAGAGUGCUGGAAAGUUAAGUGGCAGAGGUUUGCUGAAGAACACGGAACAACUAGCCUCCCAAGUGACCUGGCAACCGCACUUCAACAAGUCUCCUCAAUGUAUCCGAACAUAACAGUCCUCCAACAGAUUUUUUCCACUCUUCCUGUUACUACGUGUUCUGCUGAGAGGUCAUUUAUCUCGCUUAAAAGGACAAAGACGCCUUUUCAUUCAACGAUGACAACAGAGAGACUAACUGGCUUAAGUCUACUCCAUAUCCAUAAAGAUAUCCAAAUCGAUGUAGAGGGAGUCAUUGAUGAAUUUAGUUUAGCAAAUCCCAGAAGAAUGCAGGUGGCAGACAUUCUUACAGACUAA